CCUCCAUUUUUACACCCUUGAAGAGAAUAUCCCCUCGGAGUGUUCCGUUUGCUACUUUGACUCCAAAAGGUUUUACCUUGGUGAAUGGAAUCUCAAUUUCUUUGGACAGCUCCUCAUAUAUGCAGUUUAGCGUAGACCCACUAUCAACCAAUACUUCCACAAAUUUGCCCCUAAUUUCAGCCUUGAAUGUGAUCAUCUUUGGACCACGUUUCUUGCUCUUAACCAUAUGCAACAAGGACUCCUCCUGUGGUUUUUCCUCCCUGCAAUCCUCCCCAAUUUCUAACAAAAAUACUUCCUUACCCUUGCACUUGUGGCCUGGUUUCAUUGUCAAUCAGAUGGACGUGAAGUCGGCCUUUCUAAAUGGCAUAUCGCACGAAGAAGCUUUUGUGAAGCAGCCGAAAGGGUUCAAAGACCCCAGUAACCCUAACCAUGUCUACAGACUCAAGAAGGCACUAUAUUGUCUUAAACAAGCACCUCGCGCGUGGAUUAAAAGACUUACGAUGUACCUUCUAGAGAAGGUGUUCAAGCGAGGGGGAGUUGAUCAGACAUUCUUUGCCUUGAAAAUCAAUACUGACUUGUUGGUGGUUCAAAUCUAUGUAGAUGACAUCAUAUUCGGGUCAACCUCGAAAAAAAUGGUGAAUAACUUUGUCGAGCUUAUGUCUUCAGAAUUUGAAAUGAGUCUGGUAGGUGAACUUUCAUACUUUCUCGGUCUUCAAGUGAAGCAAGGUAAAGAUGGCAUCUCCUUUCACCAAA